AUGGAGACCCUGGCACCGCCGAGUCACGGCCGCCGUCGUCGCCCAUGGCAGGACCUCCCAUCGGAGCUCUUGGGCCUCGUGCUCCAGCGUGUGCCGUCCCACGCCGACCGCGUCCGCCUGCGCGCCGUUUGCCGCGCGUGGCGCGCCAGCGCGCGCCUGCAGCCUGCGCUACCAGCGCUGCUCCCGUGGCUCGCCCUCCGCGACGGUUCCUUCCUCAGCCUCCCCGACGGCGAGGUCCACCGCCGCGUCCUCGUCCCGGACGACGACGUCGCCCACCGUGUCUCCACCGGCAGCACCCUCUUCCUCGUGCACAGCAACGACGAGUGCUCUCUGAUGAACCCUCUCUCCCGGUCCCGGGAGACAACGGCCUCUCGAUGCGUCGACCUCAACUGCCUCCGCACUCAGCCAGGCGUCCUGGUCGACACCGACAACAUCCGCAAGGUGGUGGUGAUGUCCGACCACGUCGUGGCAGUCCGGACAGGACCCCGAAUGUACCUUAAGGACGUCACUAUCUCUAUUCGUCGGCCCCAGUCGACAACCGUGGAAUGGCGGUGGUCACCCCCUGGAGACACCUAUUCCUCCGUCCGUGACAUAGCGCUCUUCCAAGACAAGCUCUACGUCCUUACCGUAACAAAUUAUGGUGUGUACCCUCUACGUCUUUACACCAUGGACAUUGUCAGCGACAACCAUGUGAGCUUCCAACGCAUGAUCGCCAUGCUAGAAGAUGACGUGCGCGACUGGAAUGCUGGCGACCUUGACCACUACCUGGUUGCGUCCGGGGAUCGGCUGUUGAUGGUGAAACGAAUGAGGGAAGUUGUUAUCGUGCUGCCGGGCCCGAGGCUGGUGAUCAUGCCGACUUGGUUCGAGGUCUUCGAGGCAGCCGACCUGGGCAGCGGUCGAGGAUGCUGGAGAAAGGUCAGUACCCUGAUGGGACGGGCUCUCUUCCUCAGCGAAGGCUGCUCCGAGUCUCUUCCAGCCGGCGGUGCCCAAAACGUCGGACCUCGAGAGGAUUGCAUCUACUUUCUGAAUGAAUGCAACCGUUACGAUGCGAGGACGAGGAGCCUUUGCUCCGGCGUGUACAACAUGAGAGAUGGGACUUUCUCGCCCUUGCCGUUUCAGGCAGCGGUUGCACGUGAAGGUCCAUUGACAUCCACUUGGUUUUUCCCUGCGGAUACAUGA